AUGUUUGAUGCUGUGAUGAGCUGGUUCCGUCCUUCCGGACAGGAGGAGGUUCAGGAGGUGACUUGGGAUCCCGUCACUCUCACCAUGAACCAACCUCAGAGCCCGGCCGCCCCCACCAUGGAUGAGAUCGUCACCGAUCAGCCUUCCCUUGGCGAAGGAAUGGAAUUGCGCCUGCGUGGUGGUGACGGACCGGAGGAUGCGUGA